UUUCCCGCUUCGCUCCAAAAAUGCACUCUUUCUUGUUCUUCUCUUGUCCCUUCGUCGUCGUAUCCCUUCUCCUCGUCUCUUGCUUUCUCCAACCAAUGGCGCUUCUUUAUAUACCUAUCGUCUCGCAUCGCGAGGAGGAAGUGGAUGAGGAGCGCUUGAUUCUGAGUUGGCGCGAUCUAGGGUUUCAGAUUCUUGGAUUUCUUAAGUUGGAGAAAAUUACAUAUCGAAUCAGUGUGUUUUAAGCAGCAGGAGAGGAGAUAUGGACGAUAAAUCAAUUGCACUUGAAGCAAUUAACAAGGAAGCUGUUGAUCUUGAAAAUAUACCAAUUGAAGAAGUUUUUGAGAGCCUUAAAUGCACACAGGAAGGCUUAAACUCUGAUGCUGUUCAAGAGCGUUUGGGUGUCUUUGGUUUUAACAAACUUGAAGAAAAGAAGGAAAGUAAAGUAUUGAAAUUUUUGGGUUUCAUGUGGAAUCCACUAUCAUGGGUUAUGGAAGCUGCAGCUAUUAUGGCAAUUGCUCUUGCCCAUGGAGGGCGUGAUGUAAGGGGAGAUAAGAGGGGAGUUGAUUGGCAUGACUUUGUUGGUAUUGUGACAUUGCUCAUUAUCAAUUCGACCAUUAGCUUUAUAGAAGAAAACAAUGCUGGCAAUGCAGCAGCUGCUCUUAUGGCUCGGUUGGCGCCAAAGGCCAAGGUGCUACGUAAUGGGAAAUGGAGCGAGGAGGAUGCUGCUGUUCUGGUUCCAGGUGACAUAAUCAGUAUUAAACUUGGUCUUCUUCAAGGAGACCCUUUAAAGAUUGAUCAGUCUGCACUUACGGGAGAAUCACUACCAGUGACAAAGAAUCCUGGUGACGGGGUAUACUCUGGUUCAACCUGCAAACAAGGUGAAAUAGAGGCAGUUGUUAUCGCCACUGGAGUUCACACUUUCUUUGGAAAGGCAGCCCAUCUUGUAGAAUCAACGGUUCAUGUUGGCCAUUUUCAGAAGGUUAGCUUCAUUUUUCAAGUAAUAAUGUCUUUGGGAGGUUCUGACCUCGCCUGCCACAGAGUGAGCAAAGGUGCACCAGAACAGAUUCUUAAUCUUGCGUGGAACAAGUCAGAUAUUGAACGCAGAGUGCAUGCAGUUAUUGACAAAUUUGCUGAGAGGGGGCUUCGGUCGCUUGCUGUUUCCUAUCAGGAGGUACCCGACAAUACUAAAGAAAGUGCUGGGGGUCCCUGGGAAUUCAUUGGUCUUCUCCCCUUGUUUGAUCCUCCUCGCCAUGACAGUGCUGAAACAAUUAGAAGAGCUCUGGAACUCGGAGUGAGUGUGAAGAUGAUUACAGGUGACCAAUUGGCCAUAGCCAAAGAAACUGGACGGAGGCUUGGAAUGGGCACAAACAUGUACCCAUCUUCAUCUUUGCUGGGUGAAACCAAGGAUGGAGAGUUUGCAGCUCUACCGGUUGAUGACUUAAUUGAGCAAGCAGAUGGUUUUGCUGGGGUUUUUCCAGAACACAAGUAUGAAAUUGUGAAGAGACUACAAGCAAGAAAGCACAUAUGUGGGAUGACCGGAGAUGGAGUCAAUGAUGCACCCGCACUGAAGAAGGCAGACAUAGGGAUUGCAGUUGCUGAUGCAACUGAUGCUGCAAGAAGUGCUUCAGAUAUAGUUCUUACAGAGCCUGGAUUGAGUGUUAUUAUCAGUGCUGUUUUAACAAGCCGCGCUAUUUUUCAGAGAAUGAAAAACUAUACGAUAUAUGCUGUUUCCAUAACGAUACGUAUUGUGCUUGGAUUUAUGUUGCUAAAUGUCUUCUGGAAGUUUGAUUUUCCUCCAUUUAUGGUUCUUGUGAUUGCCAUUCUUAAUGAUGGUACCAUCAUGACUAUCUCCAAAGACAGAGUCAGGCCAUCUCCACUUCCUGAUUCUUGGAAGCUCUCUGAAAUUUUUGCAACGGGAGUUGUCCUUGGUGCUUAUUUGGCUAUAACCACAGUAAUUUUCUACUAUGCAGCUUAUGAGACCGAGUUUUUUGUGCAUGCUUCCAAGCCUUUGUUCAAACUGAAGACAUUCAACAAACGCAAGUUAGAUAUGUCCAAUAAUGAAAUUCGUUUUGAGGUCACCGAAAUGUUGGCUUCUGCUGUAUACCUUCAAGUGAGCACCAUCAGUCAGGCCCUAAUUUUUGUUACUCGGUCCAGGGGUUUUUCUUACUUUGAGAGACCAGGUCUACUGCUUGUUAUUGCAUUUGUAAUAGCUCAACUGAUUGCGACUGUAUUAGCUGCGGAAGCAAACUUCAAAUUUGCUGCAAUCAAAGGUAUAGGUUGGGGUUGGGCAUUAGUUAUUUGGAUCUACAACAUUGUUAUAUACCUAUUCCUUGAUCCAAUUAAACUCGGAGUACGAUAUGUUCUUAGUGGGAGGGCCUGGAAUCUGGUACUUGACAAAAGGAUGGCAUUUACAAACCGAAAAGAUUUUGGUCGUGAAGCUCGAGAGGCUGCAUGGGCCCGUGAGCAGCGGACAUUGCAUGGUUUGCAACCUGCAGAACCACUGAUUUUUAUGGAGAGAGGAAAUUUCAGUGAUAUUAAUCAGAUGGCUGAAGAAGCUAAAAGGCGAGCAGAGAUUACAAGGUUGAGGGAGCUGCACACGCUGAAAGGACGAGUAGAAUCUUCUGCAAAACUCAAGGGACUCGAUAUUGAAGGCGUUAAUCCGCAUUAUACUGUGUGAUGGUGGAAAGUAAAUCAUAUCACAGCUGCUUUCUCUGCUACCCAGAUGUCUUCAGGAUUGUGAUUGCCGUCACUAUUUUUUAGUUCUUUGGUUCAAAUUGCUUAGUUUAGCCCGCCACAAUACGGAAUAAAGACUUUAAUAGCAAUAAUAAAUUGUGUGCAAUAAAAGGCCGUUAAUGGCUUCUUGCUGACUUGUAUAGGUGAAUUUAAACUUUGUUAACUAUGAUCUGUUUCAUGAUCUACAUCCUAGCCAGUACCCUAUAUCUACUCUUUUUUACAAA